CGGCCCCGGGGGCGGCUCCCCGGGCGUGGCCUGGCCCCGGCUGCCCCCCCAGCCCGCCAGCGUGGCCCUGCGCAAGCAGGAGGAGGAGGAGGAGAGCAAGAGGCCGAAGGCUCUGAGCGACAGCUACGAGCUCUCCACCGACCUGCAGGACAAGAAGGUGGAGAUGCUGGAGCGCAAGUACGGCGGCUAUUUCCGCUCGCGGCGCGCGGCGCGCACCAUCCAGGCCGCGUUCCGGCGCUACCGCAUGGCGCAGAAGUUCGAGCGGCUGCGCAGCGAGGGCGGCCGGGCGCGGCGCCUGGCGCUGCCGGGGCUGCGCCUGCAGUUCUCCUUCGAGGAGUACGACCGCGGCCCCCGGCCCCGCGGCGGCCGCCCCCGCCCCGCCCUACUUCCAGGGCAAGCCGGCCUCGCUGGACGAGGGCGUCCUGGGGCGGCCGCGCCCCGCUACGGGGGGUCCUGCCGGGCCGGCCUGGACGGGGGCGGGGGUCCCGGAGAGGGGGUCCAGGUGGGGGGGGGCUCCGGGGUGGGGGGCGCGGGAAGCCCCCCCCGGCAGCUCUCGGCUUCGGCCGAUUUCGGGCCAGGAGGCGCCGACCUGGAGGAGGCGUUUGCGCAGCAGGUGAAGUCCUUGGCCGCUUCCAUCGAUGAGGCGCUGGGGGGUCGCGGGGUCCCCCCCGGCGCCCCGGACCCCCCCGCGGGGGACAGCGCGGCCACCUCGGCCAGUGACGUCACGCUGUACCUGGACGAGGGGCUGCCCGGCUCCCCCCGCUCCCCGGAGAGACCCCCGAGCCCCGAGCCCCCCCCGGACACCGCGGGGCCGCCGCCCCCGCCCGCCCCGCCGCCCCCCGCCCCCCCGCCAACGCCCCCGGCCCCGCCGAGCGCUGGGGGCCCCCCGAGGAGCCCCCCGGAGGGGCCCCCGUGCCUGGAGUGCCGGGGGCGGGGCGCCGGGGGGCCACCCCCGCUGCUGACGGUGGCCCCGAGCGACAGCUCGGCCGACCUGAGCGACCGCUCGGACCGCGGCUCCAUCAACCGGGGCGGCCCCUACGAGCGAGGGCACCGGCGGCGGGGCACCUUACCCCGCUCCGGGCCCCCCACCGCUGCUUCCACCCCGAGGGGCCCCCGCCGCCCCCGGCCCCCGCCCCGCCCGCGGCCGAGGAGGGCUCCGAGGGCGUACAACGAGAGCCUGGGCAGCAGCUCCAACUCCAACGAGACCCUCAACUGCUCCUCGGGCUCCUCGUCCCGCGACAGCCUGCGCCGCCCCCCGCCGCCCCCGCCGCCCACCGCCCCCCCGCAGCCCCCCGGUGCCGCCGGGGCCCCCGGCAAGGCCACGUACCAGCGGGAGCCGCGGCAGAGCUGGGACUCGCCCGCGCUCAACAACGACGUGGUGCAGCGGCGCCAGUACCGCAUCGGCCUCAACCUCUUCAACAAGAAGCCAGAGAAGGGGAUCCAGUACCUGAUCGAGCGGGGGUUCCUGUCGGACACGCCCGUGGGCGUUGCCCACUUCAUCCUGGAGCGGAAGGGCCUGAGCCGGCAGAUGAUUGGCGAGUUCCUGGGCAACCGCCAGAAACAGUUCAACCGCGACGUCCUCGACUGCGUGGUGGACGAGAUGGAUUUCUCCGGGAUGGAGCUGGACGAGGCCCUGCGGAAGUUCCAGUCCCACAUCCGGGUGCAGGGGGAGGCGCAGAAGGUCGAGCGCUUGAUCGAGGCCUUCAGCCAGCGCUACUGCGUGUGUAACGCGGCCCUGCUGCGCCAGUUCCGCAACCCGGACACCAUCUUCAUCCUGGCCUUCGCCAUCAUCCUCCUCAACACCGACAUGUACAGCCCCAGCGUCAAGGCCGAGCGCAAGAUGAAGCUCGAGGACUUCAUCAAGAACCUGCGAGGGGUGGACAAUGGCGAGGACAUCCCCCGGGACAUGCUGGUGGGCAUCUACCAGCGCAUCCAGAGCCGCAAGCUGCGCACCAACGACGACCACGUGUCCCAGGUGCAGGCUGUGGAGCGCAUGAUCGUCGGCAAGAAACCGGUGCUGUCCCUGCCCCACCGCCGCCUGGUCUGCUGCUGCCAGCUCUACGAGGUGCCCGACCCCAACCGGCCCCAGCGCCUGGGGCUGCACCAGCGCGAGGUUUUCCUCUUCAACGACCUCCUGGUGGUGACGAAGAUCUUCCAGAAGAAGAAGAUCCUGGUGACCUACAGCUUCCGGCAGAGCUUCCCGCUGGUGGAGAUGCACAUGCAGCUCUUCCAGAACGCCUAUUACCAGUUUGGCAUCAAGCUGCUGUCGGCGGCGCCGGGGGGCGAGCCCAAGGUGCUGAUCGUGUUCAACGCCCCGAGCCCCCAGGACCGGCUGCGCUUCGCCAGCGACCUCCGAGAGUCCGUGGCCGAGGUGCAGGAGAUGGAGAAGUACCGGGUGGAGGCGGAGCUGGAGAAGCAGAAGGGCGUGGCGGGGCCGCGGGGCGCGGGGCCCCCCCGCGAGGCGCUGAACGGGCUCAGCCGCAGCUCCCUGGAGGAGGCGUUCGGGGCCGAGGGGCUCAAACGGAGCGCGCUGAGCAGCUCCCUGCGCGACCUGUCCGACAGCGGCAAGCGGGGCCGGCGGAACAGCGUGGGGUCCCUGGACAGCACCAUCGAGGGCUCCAUCAUCAGCAGCCCCCGGCCGCAGGCGCGGGGGGGCCCGGGCGGGCCGGGGGGCGCUCCCGAGGGGGGCGGCUACAAGCCCCCGGCCCGCCCGGUCUCCAACUCCUCGUCCUUCCUGGGCUCGCUGUUCGGCAGCCGCCGCGGCAAAGGCCCCGCCGGGCCCCCCCCCGGCGCGGGGGGCCCCGCUUCGGCCUCGGCCUCCUCCUCCUCGGCGUCCUCCUCGCAUCACCACCACCACCCGCCGGCGGCCGCGCCCCCCGAGGGCCCCUCCAAGCUGCAGGCGCUGCACGCCCACCGCCCCGCGCCCCCCGCCGCUGCCGGCCAUCGCCGCCGGGGCCCCCCGCGCUUCCACGGCGGGCCCACCCCGCCGCUAUCGGCGCCCCCCAGCAGCACGGCCCCCCGGCGGCGGGUUCCCCCGCACCCCCCAUUACACGCUGCACCGGCCCGGCAAGAGGGGGGCUCCUCCCGGCGCCCCCGGCAGCCGCUGUCGCCCCUGCCCCUCUACAGCCCCGCGCCCGCGCACCACGGGCUGUCGCACGCGUACCCCCCGGGCCCCCCGCACCACCACCACCCGCCGCCGCCCCCCGCCCCCGCCAAGCACUUCGUGUUCGGGGGGGGCGGCGGGGUGGGGGGGGGCCCGGCCGGGGGGGCUUUGCGGGGCGGCGGGGGCGGCGCCCCCCGUUGCCCAUCACCACCAUCACCACCAUCACCACCACCCCCACGCGCCCCCCACUCGCCCAUCCCCCCACCCGUCCUACCCCCCCCCCCCCCAUCGCCCCACACCCCCCUCAGCCCCCACUCGCCCGCCGGCCCCACCUCGCCCCUGGCCCAGGCCGGCCAGGGCCCCCCCAAACCCAAGGGGGGGAACCGCAUCAGCACGGUGGUCUGA